AUGCUUCGUGUGGAGCAUGAAUGUGAGCUCGAAGGUAAACAUGAAGAUGCACUUUUUCUUCCCGAUCACAAUAUCUUUCAAAAAAUGCGAAAUACUUUGCGCCAUUCACUAAUGGCAUCAGACAAAACUCCAGGUGCCCGCAAAUAUUUACGCAGUCGUGCUUCGAUAUUUUCGGAAAAACGACGGCAUUUGCGUAAUUACAGAUACAUUCUCCAUCCCUUCAGUAUGUUUAGACUUUGCUGGGAUGUCUUAAUGAUUAUAACGAUAACGUGUUUACUACUGGUUGCUCCAUAUCACGCUGCAUUCGAAAUAGACAAUCGUUUAUAUAACUGGACAAUUUUUAAGAAUUUUCUGCUUUUUCUCUGUUGCUUGGACAUAAAUGUUAAUUUUAUAACAGGAUAUUACGACACAAUGCAUCACGUUGUUGUGAUGGAGCCGAGAAUGAUAAUGAAGAGAUACAUGAAACGCGGCCUGCUUUUUUUGGACUUGCUGGGCUCUUUUCCAACUGAUAUCGCAUUCGUUAUGUCGUGGCAAGAGUAUGCAGUUACACGCGAGUUGAUGUCUUUAAUCUGCGGAUUUCGCGUUUUUUCUCUCGUUUCUUACAUGAAUAAGAUCGCUCACGAGUAUAAUGCUCCAGUGGCCCUCUACGAGGUCUGCAUCAUGAUAUUUUGGCUGCUGAUAGCGUUUCAAUGGCAGACUUGCUUUUAUUGGCUGGUGCCAAUAGCUACGACUUCUAUGUAUUCACCGGAGCGUCCCAGCGACGAUUCCUGGCUACACGAGUUUGAUCUUUGGGAGAAAUCUAAAUCUCGACAAUAUCUAUCCAGUUUCUUACGCGCCAUUAGCGUCUUUCUCUCAUCGGGUUUCCUACACGAAAAGCCGAAAAACGAGGCGGAUCUCACGGUAGUGAUCAUCCUACAAAUCUUGGGAAGUCUAACUAUCUGGAUCCUGAUAGUUCGUGUGAGGCAACUUUUUAAGACCGCCAACAGCUCUAAGAUCAAGUAUCAAGACAUCAUAGCACAGCUCAAACGAUAUAUGAAGCAUCGGCAGCUACCACAUUCGACUCAACAUCGUAUCAUAGCCUAUUAUGAGUUUUGCUUUCAACAACGCUACUUCCGCGAAAUCGAGAUCCUUAAUACCCUGUCCACCUAUAUGCGCCAAGAGAUCAGUAUGCACGCCUGUCGCAAGCUCGUGGAGAACGUUACGUUCUUCAAGAAUUUACCGCUUUCUUUACUGACGCGCAUCGUCGCUUUACUCAAAUCUGAGAUAUUUCUGACAAACGACGUGAUUGUACGGGUCAAUCAACUGGGUGAUUGCAUGUAUUUUAUCGCUAGCGGCACCGUCGCGAUUUACACAAGCACCGGGAAGGAGAUAUGUCACUUGGAGGACGGCGCGUACUUUGGGGAAAUCGCGCUAGUUAUGCCGGACGCGCGAAGAGUGGCCAAUGUCGUCGCCAUCGAAAUAUGCGAGUUGUAUCGUUUGGAUCGCGCUGAUUUGGCCAGAACGAUUCAUCCGUAUCCUAUGCUGUGGGAAGAAAUCAAAAAAAUAGCUAUCAAGAGACACGAAAGGACGACGAUACUCGAUACACAGUAA